GUUGAAAACAAUGCAGAGGGCAGGAACAUGCGGGUGCAGUUUGAUGACGCCGCGACAGCUGGCGCCGAGCCUGUCACUGUGGCAUACAGGCAUCUGGAAGCUGCUCCAAUGCCGGGUGGCUACAGAUGCAGCGCGAAGGGCUCCGCUGCCAAGCCAGACAGCAGUCCGGCGACCGGGGCAUCCGGGCCGGUGCUCAAGGAGCAUGGACCUUGGAAGGUCAAGCAGCUUGUUCAGCUGCAAGGCUUACAAAGCGCACCCGAGCUGAACGGCAGGCUGGGGCGGCUGCAGAAGUUCGAUGUGCAUGCAGAGCGCUGGGAGGUGGAGGUGCGUGGCGAUGGUGGCGGCACGAAGCGGCUAAAGGAGGCCAAUCUAACGGCGUUUGUUCCGCCCGUUGUAGCCGCUGGACUCACCGUGGCCGAGCUCAAGGAGCGUGGUAACGAGUGUUUCAAAGCCUCUCAGCUGGAGGAGGCAAUUGCCUUCUACUCGGCAGCAUUGGAAACGGCAGAGAAGGUGCUGUACAACAACCGGGCGCAGUGCUUCAUAAUGCUGUGUCGGGAGAUCCAUGGCGAGGACGCUGCGAUUGGCCAAGAGGCCCGGCGCUACGCCAUGAGAGCCAAUAUGGAUGCGGCCAAGGCAAUUGAGCUCGACCCAAAAAAUGGCAAGGCAUACUAUCGCAGAGGCUGUGCGGUGCUUGGCAUGGCCCCGAGCGCCAGUCGGGCCAAGGAGGCCAUGGCUGCCCUGGAGACGGCAUUGUCAGGUAGAGCAUCGGGCGGUAAGGAUGGCAUAAUUUUGCCCAACGCCAUGAGGUGGAUUGAUUUGGUGGUGGACGACUACUUCCCAACUUCUCAGGUGUCUGAGGGCUUCACUGAUGGCCAGACCAUCCCCGAAGUAAAGAUCACGCAGAAGUGGACGCAGGCGAUGACGGAUGCCAUAGGUCUGCAUAUUCACAUGUGCGGGCUUGUCCAGCUUGGGCAGGACCACCUGCGACGCAGCGCGGCUGGCUCGGGCGAGGAGGAAUUUGCCGGCAGCAUCGCAGCUCAAGGCAUGUUCAGCGUGGAAGCGAGGCACGAGCACGCUGUGACCUGGCUGCGGCGCUUGAGGGCAGGACUCCGCUCUUUGCCAACGCGUGUGCAGCACUGGGAGCCGGCCGCUGCAGCUUUGUGGGUGGCAUCUGGAGGGACAUUCGACCUUGGCGAUCAUCCAGAACUGGCGGAGCAUGAGCCACCUGGCCAUCUCGUGACCAACGAGCUGAUAUCUGUGAUCUCUGUAACGAGCCAGAGCAGGCAUGCAUUCCAUCCACUUCUCUACGAGAACUUCCGCCGACAAAGCUAUGAGCCACGAGAGCUUGUCGUUGUCGACACAGGAUCGGAGCCUUCUCUCUUCAUGUUAGAGCGGAAAGCGGAUGAUCCCAGGGUGCUCUACUACUUCUUCCAGGACGAAAAGUGUGCCCGACCAGGCUCUCCUCGGCUGCAGGAGGAGGCUGGAGCCGAUGCCAUGGCGGCAGUUCUGUGUUCUGACGAUCCGAGGGAACUGACGGAGUGGGGACGUGGCCGACCUCAUCGCACCGAGGUGCGGCGAGAGGGUUGGACCAAAGGCUUCAAGAGGAACAUCGCUUGCAUGAUGUCACGUGGUUUUGCUCUGGCCGUCUUUGAAGAUGGAUGCUUAACUCCUCUUGGCUUGUGCAGCAGAUGGAACCGGUGCAGCCGCCCUGCAAACUUGGCACACCGUAUCUCUGAUGAACCAGCUGCACGGCCGCGAUGGGAAUGCUUAAAAGGCUUAAAGGCUCCGGUCGUUUUGCAGCUUCCUGACACGGGAAGGAGACUUCCCUCGGAUGCCUUGAGGACCUUCCGCUGGGUUGAUCUUACUUCGCGAGAUCCCGAACUGGAUGCCAAGCCGAAGGGAGAAGAUCUGGAGUUUGGCUUCAGCCAUGUCUUCAGCAGGGUGGCCUGGCUGCGCCAGCCAAUCCCUGACACCGAGGGCCCGCAUGAUGUCCAGUUCAUGGAGGAGUUGGAGAAACUUGGUGUGCCAAUCCGUCUCGUAGCUCACGGGAACAGGCUUCAUGGCAUCUCUGCCAUUGGCUGGUUUCGCAGCAGUGCUAUCGGCGCCAAGGAUGCCCCGACCAACAUCAACAAGUAUUCUGA